AUGCCUGAAAUCGAAAGGGAAGCAACAGUCAUAGGGGUGAGAAGAGAAGACGUGAAGGUGGAGGUGGAGGAUGACGUCACGCUGCAGAUAAGCGUGGAGAGAGUGGUUGAGAAGGAGGAGGAGAACGACAAGUGGCACAGGGCCGAGCGGCGCGCGGGGAGCUUCUCGAGGAGGUUCCGGCUGCCGGAGGAUGCUGACGUGGGAGGGAUAAGGUGUGGGCUGGAGCACGGGGUGCUUACGGUGGAGGUGCCCAAGAAGGACGUGCAGGAGCAGCCCAGGAAUGUUCGUUGCAUAGAUGUUGCUUGA